UUUGCUUUUACUUCCUCCCAUGGAUAGGAUAUCAUUGUAACAUGCAGUUCUUUCGUGUAUAUCUUAGUAAAUCUUAUCUAAUAAAACUUUUUGUCCAAAAAAAGCUGAUUCCUGAAUCUCUGCACUUAUGCUGCCUUGAGAUGAACAUAAUGGUCGAAUUGAUGAACAACUCCAGCACAAAUGAAACAGAUGACUGCUACCCGUCUGCACAUCCUGAAAAGAUGGUAUUCGUAGGCCUGCAACUGGCUGUGAUCCUGAUCGGCAUCCCGUCCAACAUCUUCUUCCUGUUUGUGUCGUAUCGGCUCAUCCGUCAGAAGAACGAGCUGGGCGUCUAUCUGUUUAACCUGGCUUUCUCGGACCUCUUGUUUAUCACGUGCUUACCAGUGUGGGUUCAAUUCUGUCUUUACGACCGGUGGCUUCACGGCAAGACGAUGUGUUUUAUUUGUGUUUUCCUGCUCUUCACACACUUCUACACCAGCGCUAUGCUUCUAAGCUGCAUCGCGGUGAAUCGGUACUUAGCCAUCGUUUACCCGCUCAAAUUUUGCACUUUUAGACAGCGGAAGACUGCGGUCAGCAUGAGCAUUGCUGCUUGGAUUUUUACUGUUGUAUUCAAUGCAAUGACCGUGCAUCCAGAGAGUGUCUACGAUGAGGAAGAAUUAAUCUGCUUGGAUUUAUUUCCUUUACCCGAAAAGCAAAAAAUAGCCAACGUUGCUCGUUUUGUUGUAGGCUUUCUCAUUCCUGCAUUGGUUGUGGGUUUCUGUUAUUGGCAGAUAUGUUCGGAUGUGAAGAGAAACCAAAUGCUUGGGUCAGUGGAGCGCCGGCAUGUCUUCAGGCUUCUUGGAUGCAUUAUGUUGACCCUUAAUUUAUGUUUUGGACCUGUGCACAUCAUGAUGGUUUUGAGGGUUUUGCUGGAGGUUUGUCCAUAUCCCAACUGGCUCUUCAUUGGAUAUAAGGUCUGCGCCUUACUCGCCAUGCUCAACUGCCUGGCUGAUCCACUUCUGUACUGCUUCAUGAGCAGAACGGGUCAAGCCAGCGCUUUAAAUGUGUUACUCAUCCUCAGGAGAAAAUGGAAGAAAGAGUGUCAAAAAGAGAUGGAACAACAAAACAGCCAAAUUCUUGGAACUGCUACCGUUCCAAUCACAGAAACAACCUUAAGGACUGAAUUCAGCACUGACCACUUGUGAUCAGAUCAUGCUGAUGUUUAUAUAUGCUAUACUGUUUUAAAAAGAAACUGGACUAAAACUAAGGAAUGAAAUGAAGCCUUACAACUUUACAAGCUGUACGUUCAAACACAAACUGUCUGCCAAAGCUCAUUUCUGUCAUGACAACUCUCGGAGGGAUUGGCAUGGUAAUGUACAUGACAAUGUUAGUGUAUUUGGUUUUGGCGGAAUAGAUCUGCUACGCUGCUGCUGCUGCUGCGGCAGGGCAAGUACAGAGACUUACUACUGCCAAUACAUCCACAACAUGCUGCUGUGAGCAUGUAAGAAAUAUUGCUGCUGCAAAUAUAACACAUGAAAUGACCCCCAUAUAGCAUACACUAUCAAAUCUUAACAGAUCUAUACAGGUGGAGCUGGGGAAGGUGAAGGGUUUCUAAAGCAAGCUGCACUGCUAUCGCAAUCACUAGUCAUAUAUUUGAAUGUUGAGCAGCGAGCUUAUUGGCUACCGAUACAGGAGAGAACCAAUCAGCUGUGCCAUGUGAUGAUGUCAUUAGAUCAGAUUGAGUUAGACCUAUCGGUAUGCACCAUCUAGAUUUUCAUGCCAGAGCUCUGUAUUUGUCUAAAACAUCCAGGUUGUAAUAUGUUCAAACAAACUAUUCCUUUAUUAAAAAUCUCUG